AUGUCUGGCCGCUCCAACACCAUCAAGGACCUUCGCUCCAAGAUCAAACACGAAAACGCCAGCCUCGGCUCGGGAACGGCUACUGCAAGCUUCAACUCGGCUCGCCACCAAGUCGCUCAUGUCGGCGAUGCCUUCGGCCACCACCCAGGCUCCGCCUCUCUUGGUGGCGCACCCAUGAGUGCCUUCAACACUUCCUCGGCACCCUCCAACUACACCCAGCCUCAGUCCGGCGCUGCAGGCCUGGGCGCCGGACCUUCCUUCGUCAGCCUCGCUCCGUCCGACUCCAUCUCCAACUUUGAAGGCCGACAGUCGCACGGCUAUCCAUCCUCCCACGCCCUCCACCAGGACCGACACAACAAUGGCACGGCGUUUCAUCACUCCAACCCCACCAACCCACCCUAUCCGCGCUCCGCAAGCCCCACCAACCAGAGCACCGCAAGCUUCGCACUCGCCUCCGACCACACGCCCACGCCUUCCACAUCCGCCACAGUCUCGCACCAGCGUAUCCCUUCCCGCGUCGACGCCGUCGAUCCCAACGCCAACUCGCCGCUUCGUCCCGCACGAUCCGUACGCAGGCCCCAGCAGGCGCCCGUCCCCGUUUCGCACAGGGGUCUCGCCGCCUUCUCCGCCUCCUCCAACCUGGGCGAACGCGUACGACCCGCCGCACAAAGACCGCAGCUCCAGAUUCCGCCCGUCGGAGCGGCUCCCCGCGGCGCACCCAGCCCCACCUCCCCAGCCAGGAACGCCCCAGGCAGGGACCUGCUUGCAGCCUCGCGCUCCCAAGCAGCCACCAGCCAUUCGCGCAACCCCUCGGCGCUCACUACAGCCUCUUCCUCCACCUUGAGCCCACACGCCACGCCUCCUUCGGAUCGUCACACGCGCUCCGCACAGCUUAUGGCCCAGGUCGCACGCUCUGGCACACCCUCCAGUCAGCCCGAUUCCGAAGAUCACGAAGAUCUCUAUUCGCCCAUCGAUCCCCCGUCCGAAGGUCACGCGGCCCUGUACUCCAACCAUCGCGCUGCUGACCGUCUUUCGGUGCCAGGACAGCGACCGCAACGCGAUCCACGCCGCCAAUCGGGCGCUCCCCUCGGCUCCCUCACCGAAAGCAACCAACCUGCCGCGCUCGAUUCGGUGCUCUCGGCGCUCACUUCCGCCGGACGAAAGCGACAGGCCGCUCGCAUCAUGCGUGGCACCACCGCAGAGGAAGAGUCGCGCCGUCGCCGCAACGAGAAAAAGAUCUCGCAGCACCCGCAGCAGGCGCGCAAGCCGGUCUCCGCCUACCUCGACCGCGCCGACCCGCGUGCGUUCCAGUCCAUCAAUGCCGUGCUGCGCAAGGUGGAGGCAGAGUGGCCCUUUGUCGCCGACGACCACUUCAACUCGGUCGCACUGGCGCUCUCCAUGCUCGACGACAGCAGCCUCGGCACCAGCCGCGCCGAGUUCGAGCAGGUCAAGCAGCUCAUCGAGACCGCUCUGCAGGGCACCGUCGACGACCACUACGAGUCGUUUGCCACCGCCAUCACCAUGCACAAUUCGGUGCUCCAGUCGCUCACCGCCGCACAGUCGAGCGUCAGCGGUGCACGCCGUCGUCUGCGCGACUCGAGGGAGGCGCUCGGUGCCAAGCGCGCAGACCUGGUGCAGAUGUGGCAGCGCAGCCAGUCGGUCAAGGAAGCCCUGCGCCUGCUCGAUCUCGUCGAGCACCUCAAGUCCGUCCCCGACCGCCUCGAGAGCCUCAUGGCCGAAAAGCGCUUCCUCGAGUCCGUCAACCUCCUCGUCCGCUCGCUCAAGACCAUCGACAAGCCAGAGGUGCUCGAGGUCGGCGCCACCACCGACCUGCGCGCCUACCUCAAGGGUCAGGAACAGGCCAUGCUCGAGAUCCUCAUCGAGGAGCUCCACAACCACCUCUACCUCAAGAGCUACUUUUGCGACGCAAGGUGGAAGGUCUACAGCGCCGGCCAGGAGUCCUUGCCCGUCGUGCGCUUCGGCUCCGACUACACGCCCAGCAAGCAUGAAGCUCGUGGCAGCGACGCAGAUGCAUCCGCACAAAGCUCGGAUGCGACGCUGCAGCUCACGCGCUUCCUGCAGAGUCUGCGGUCUCGACCGAGCUUCGACCCCAACCUUGCAUCCGACAUUCAAGAGGCGACGCUCAUGACAUCCACAAAGUCCGUCUCGGCGCUCACCGGCGAGCUCAAGUCUCCCGGUGGCGCACUUGUCGGAUCUAGCUUGGAUGCCAGCGAUGGCGCGGGCAGCACCGAGCUCGGGGCCGGUCGUCCUGCAGGCAGAUACGGCGCCGAGUUUGACCGCAAUCCCGAAGCCGACUCGUUCGUCUACAUCGAGAUGCUGCUCGAAUCGCUCUCGCGUCUGGGCAAGCUGGGCGCGGCGCUCGAGAUCGUGUCGCAGCGCCUAGCGCUCGAGGUGCACCAGCUUGUCGACACGACCAUCGACGAGGUGGAUGCGCGCAACGAGCCGCUGCGGCGCUUCUCGAUUGCGCUGCGGCCCGAGUCGGUGCUGCUGGCGUCGUCGUCGGCGCUGGCACGCUCGUUCACCGAGUCGAUGCGCUCGUCGCGCUCGUCGUUCAGCCUGCGCACCAGUCGGCGCGCGUCGAGCAUGCUGCGCAUCUCGGCGGGCGAGACGUCGGCGCUGCAGCGCGAUGGCGAGACCAUGCGCGACCUCUUCUGGACGCUCUUCUCCAAGCUCGAUGCGGUGCUGCAGGGCCACCGUGUGGUGUACGAGGUGGCGGGCAUGAUCGCCAGCCGCGCCGGGUUCAAGGACGAGACGGCGUCCAAGAAGCUCUCGGGCGUAGCGUCGCUGCUGGACGUGUGGAAGCCGAUCCAGCACGAAGUGCGCACGCUGCUGCACGACUACCUUAUGGACGACGAGGGAUCCACUUCGGCGCGCAAUGCCGUCAUCUCGGUCAACGAUGUGCUGGUCGACCAGCGGUUUGGACGCGACCGCUCCAAGCAGCUCUUCAAGCUUGCCGAUGCGGGCACCCAGCGCGCACCUGUCAAGCGCGAUGCGGGCCCGCUCGCCAAACACCAGCUGGCCGUAGCGCAGGCGCUCAAAGCGUCGGUACCGGGGCUGGUGAGCACGCUGGACGGCGCAGCCGGCAUGGGCGGCGCGCGCGCGGGCAACCAGAUCAUCAUCUCGUCCUCGGCCGCCAACGCCGGUGCUUCGACGGCGCGCGGCGUGACGACGGGUGCGGGCACUGGUUCGGUCAGUGGACGCGGACGCGGCGUUGAAUCCUACACGGGCCCCGGCCACCGACUUCUGGUGAAGCCCGACGCGUUCAACGUGUCGGUGCUGUUCCAGCCUGCGCUUGCGUUUGUGGAGCGCGUUGCGGCGGUGAUGCCGUCGGAAGCGGCGGGCGAGACGUCUCGCGGCUUCUCUGCGUUCCUGGACGAGUUUGUGCAGGACAUCUUUCUGCCGCAGCUCGAGGACAAGGUGCAGACGCUCUUCACCGGCGCCACCGGCCACACGGACAGCUUUGCCGAGGACCCUGCGUCGCGGCAGCUCGGUCGUACCGCUGCAUCGCGUCCCGUGGUGAAAUCGGCAUCCAACGUGAUCGUGCUGAUCGACAGUCUGUACUCGAUGCUGCGGACGACGCCGUUCCACCGCGAAUCGUACUCGCGCCUGAUCGUGACGGUGGUGAUCCAGUACUACCAGAAGUGCGGCGAGCGGUUCCGCGACUUGCUUUCGCACGAGUCCGCGAGCGAUGGCAGCGAGAGCAAGCCGGAGGAGCAGGGUGGCUAUUCGUUGUCUGCGAAUUGGGCACAGCGGCCGGAGAUGGUAGCGUGUCUCGCUGAGCUGCGCGAUGGUGCCACGACGGCGGAGAGGAGGGCGCAGUUGCUGGCGCAGGAGGUGAGGCUGGAGCUUGCGUACGCACGCGCGCGCGCGGCCGUCGCGAUCCACGAACUCACCACCUCGCGCAAGAGACUCAUGGCGCUCGGAUGCCUCCAGCACAGCAUCGAGUGGUUUGCCUCCAACGUAGGCCGGCUCAAGCCGGUGUGCGAGCAACACACGGCUCGCGCCGACAAAGACGCGCUUGGUUCAAGCCGUCCCAAAGCUCGCCUUAGCGUCAUCGAUGCACUCACCCUCACGGAUACCAACCUUGGCCACACCUCGAAACCGGAUGGGGAGGAUGAAGAGCUUGCGUUGCCACUUACGUCCGAGUUGGUAUCGCGAUUCCCUGCGCUUGCCGGCGCAUAUGGGCAGCUUGCAUCGACGGUGCUCUACACGCUGCGUCUCGAGGUGCGCCUGCGCGUGAUUGCGUACCUGCAACACGCCGUUUUGGAAUCCAGCUAUGCGGUCAACCAAAACGCCGUCGAGCCCGCACCGCACAUUGUCGACCUCAACGCCGAACUUGCUUCCAUCGACGAUAUCCUCACCGAGACACUGCCCGCCGAGAGUCGGGCAUUUGUUCUCGAGGGUGUGGCGGCACUCAUGGAUGCGCAUCUGGUUCGGCUGGUGCACAGUAUCCGUGCGGUCAACGUGCAGGGCGUGACCAAGAUGCUGCGCAACAUUCUGGCGCUGCAGCAGAACCUGAAGAACAUCCUGCCCGGUAAAGAGGUCUCGUUUGAACGCGCGCGGCGGUUCUACGAGCUGCUGUACGCCAAGACGCCAACGCAACUUCUGGCUGGCAUGAGGCAGUUUCAAACCGCCCAAAAGACAAAAGUGGUGGGAUUCGCAGAACUUCAAACUGUCUUACAUCUGGCUUUGGGCAUCGAUGCAUCGGCCAAGGGCGAGGGGGCACAGGAUAAGGCGGCAGGAACCAUCAAUGGUGCAGAUGUGUCGAGGCCCAAACUCAACGAAUACCUCAUCGAGCUGCACGAGCUUGCCGGCGAGCACGAGUCGGAUGACGAUGCCUAG